AAAUUAUGAUUUUUUUUUGUAAUAGUUGAGUUAACCGAGGGACCAAAAAAUGUCGGGCACUUCGGAAGUGCAAUUCUGAUGAUGAAAACAUUUUUUCGACAUUAGGGUUUACAACAAUAACGCUAAAACAUGGCGUUGAUUCAGCUAUACACCCGGUACAACAGAGUGUGGAUUCCAGAUGCUGAACAUGUGUGGAAAUCAGCAGAGAUCCUGAGAGAUUUCCAUGAUGGUGAUGAUUGUUUACAACUGCUACUGGAAAAUAGCACAGAGCACAAGUACAUCGUUGACUCGUCGCCACCAGAACUCCCUCCUCUUCGCAACCCGGACAUCUUAGUUGGGGAGAAUGAUCUCACUGCGCUCAGCUACCUCCAUGAACCUGCUGUCCUGCACAACCUUAAAGUGCGCUUUCUGGAAUCCAGAAUCAUCUACACCUACUGUGGCAUCAUCCUGGUGGCGUUGAAUCCCUACAAGCAGCUUCAUAUCUACGGAGAUGCAAUCAUUCAUGCAUACUCUGGUCAGAACAUGGGCAACAUGGAUCCUCAUAUAUUUGCAGUGGCAGAGGAGGCUUACAAACAGCUGGCCAGAAACCACAAGAACCAAUCCAUCAUCAUCAGUGGAGAGUCUGGAGCUGGUAAAACAGUGUCCGCUCGGUAUGCUAUGAGGUAUUUUGCUGUUGUCAGCAAAUCUGGCAGCAAGACCCAAGUUGAAGACAAGGUUCUGGCAUCCAAUCCCAUAACAGAGGCCAUUGGGAACGCAAAGACGAUCAGGAACGACAACAGCAGCCGUUUUGGGAAAUUCACUGAGAUCAGUUUUGACAAUAGGUAUCGAAUAAUUGGUGCAAACAUGAGGACUUACCUGUUGGAGAAAUCCAGAGUUGUUUUCCAGGCUGAGUCUGAGCGGAACUAUCACAUAUUUUACCAACUGUGCGCCUGUGCGCAUCUGCCACAGUUCAAGGCACUGAAACUGAUGAGUGCAGAUGAGUUCCACUACACAGGCAUGGGUGGCGAUAUCAUAAUUGAAGGUGUGGAUGACAGGAAAGGCAUGGAGGAGACUCAGCAGACCUUUUCACUUUUGGGGCUGAAGGAGGACUUUCAGUCUGAUGUUUUCAAAGUUCUUGCAGCCAUUCUCCAUCUGGGAAAUGUGGAAAUUAAGAGCUCCGGGGAUGAUCGGUCGUCCAUUUCUAACAGUGAUUCACAUCUGCACAUUGUCUGUGAGUUGUUGGCUGUGCGUGCAGACGACUUAGUGCGUUGGCUGUGCAAUCGGAGGCUUGUCCUGGUGGCCGAGACGGUGGUGAAACCGUUGCCCAAAGAGCGUGCAGUGAAUUCCAGAGAUGCUCUCGCCAAACGAACCUAUGCUCAUUUGUUUAACUGCGUUAUUAACAGGAUCAACAAAGCACUGCAGGUCCCAGGGAAGCAACAUGCUUUCAUAGGGGUGCUGGACAUUUAUGGUUUUGAGACGUUUGACAUCAACAGCUUUGAGCAGUUUUGUAUCAACUAUGCCAAUGAAAAGCUUCAGCAGCAGUUUAACUUGCAUGUAUUCAAACUGGAACAAGAGGAGUACAUGAAAGAAGACAUUCCAUGGACGUUAAUAGAUUUCUAUGACAAUCAGCCAGUCAUUGACUUGAUUGAAGCCAAAAUGGGAAUCCUGGACUUGCUUGAUGAAGAGUGUUUGUUUCCUCAAGGCACUGAUCAAAGUUGGCUCCAAAAACUGUCCAACUAUCUGAACAGCAAUCCUUUGUUUGAGUUGCCCAAGCUGUCAAAUGAGACCUUUAUCAUUCAACACUUUGCAGACAAGGUGGAGUAUCAGUGCAAAGGUUUUCUUGAGAAGAACCGAGAUGCUCUUUAUGAAGAACUGGUAGAUGUUUUGAAAGCCAGUAAGUUCGCCUUUCUGGCCAAAUUUUUUCAAGAGGACGGGCAGAGUGUUCCGAACAUGAAAGGUAUCAAAGUGAAGCCGGCCAAGCCUGGUGUGAAAUCAGCCAAUAAACAGCUGAGGGCCUCAGUUGGAGAUAAGUUCUGCAGCUCUCUCUCGCUGCUGAUGGAGACACUGAAUGCUACGACCCCUCACUAUGUGCGUUGUAUUAAGCCAAAUGAUGAAAAGCUGCCAUUUCAAUACGAUUCCGGGAGGGUGGUGCAACAGCUGCGGGCCUGUGGAGUGCUCGAAACAAUUCGUAUCAGUGCCCAAAGUUACCCUUCAAGGUGGACCUACUUUGAGUUUUACAGCCGCUACAAUGUCCUAAUGACCAAUGAGGAGUCCAGCCUCGAUGACAAGACACAGACAUGCAAAUAUGUGCUUCAGAGGUUGAUUCAGGACCCGAACCAGUACAAGUUUGGUCGCACAAAGAUCUUCCUUCGAGCUGGUCAAGUCGCAUAUUUAGAAAAGCUGCGUCUGGACCGACUGAGAGCGGCUUGCAUUACCAUUCAGAAAUAUGUCCGUGGGUGGAACCAGAGAAGGAAAUACCAACGCUUGAGGCAGGCAGCCAUCCUGAUUCAACAGUACGUCCGUGGCAAGCGGACUGUACGUAAAGCGGUGAGCGCAGCAAACCUGAAGCAGGGCUGGUCAGCAGUGGUCAUUCAAAGGUACUGGAGAGGCUUCCGCAUACAGAAGAGCUAUCAAACGGUACGCUUGGCCAUCAUCACCAUCCAAGCUUUCACACGAGGUUGGCUGGCCCGUAAAUCCUAUUCCCAGCUUGUGGAAGCACGCAAGGCGUUGGUGCUGCAGAAGUACGCCAGAGCAUGGCUGGCUCGGCGACGUUUUAAAGCCAUGCGUCAACUGGUGCAUCAGGUUCAACUGUCCUUCAGGGUACAGCAGCUCCGAAAGAAGAAUGAGGAGCAGAGUAAAGAGAACUGCGGUUUGGUGGAAAGACUGACGAGUUUGGCCAACUCCCAUUCACAAGCCAUGGACAGGCUGCAUGCUCUGGAGACACAGCUGGAAAAAUCAGCUAUCCAGAAGGCAUCGUUGGCAGCAAGAGAGAAGAAAGCCAAAGAAGAUGCUUCUCUGAAAUUGACUGAUCUUCAAAGGGAAGUUGAUGGGUUAAUCAUUAAAAAACAGACCAUGGAGAAAACGUUUGAAGCUUCCGCUAAACAGCAACAAGAAAAGUUUGAUCAAAUAAAGAUGACUCUACUGGAAGAGAAGGAAAAUCAAGCGAGGCUUCGAAAAAUCGCUGAGAACAACCUUGACAUCCAGAGAGAGGAACACGAGAAGGAGCUGGCAAUCCUGAAAGAAGAGCUCAGGAGGCUGAAGGACGAGAGAGUCAGUCUGAAGAUGAAGUUGGAAGACUGCGAACAAAUGAGUGCCGACCUGCAGGAUCAAGUGGCCCAGCUCACCAAGCACGUCAAGGUCAUUCCUGAGCUCCGCAGGGACCUCAGCAACCUCCAGAAUCAAAAGCAAACCAUAGACCGAAGGAUGAAGCAGCAGUCUGAAGAAGCGAGAGCUAAACUGCACGAUAUUUCAAAAGUACUCUCAGGAAGCGUUGUUAAAGAAGAGGUGCUUCUGGGGAUAACUGCAGAUUAUUCUGAGAAGACAUAUGAAGCUGAAGACCUUCUGGCCGCCUUUAAUGGUCUCGAGAAAGCUACCAGAACGCUGGAGAACCACCGCAAGGAGCAGAAGGAAAUCUAUGAGACUCAAAUAGAAGGCUUGAGACUGAAAUUGGAUUACCUUCAAAAUGAGAACAGCAGCCUGCAAACUUUUUUUACGGAGAAAAAUAACAUGAAUGAGAACAUUCGCCAAGAGGUGAUCCGGCUGAGCAGCGAGAACGCCGUAAUACCUGAGCUGAAAGUUCAGAUUUCAGAGCUGCAAAGACAAAAACAUGAGUGCGAGGUUCUUGUAGAAGAGCAAAGAAAAGAGUUGGAAGAAAAAGCAGAUGAGAUUAAAAAUACUCUUCAAAAGAAGGUGGAAGAAGAGAGUUCAAAGUGCAGGAACUUUGAGGAUCAAACUCAGGUGCUGGAGGAGGCAAAGACGACUCUUCAAGGUCAAAUAAAAGACCUUCAAGAGGAGAAUGAUCACCUGAGCAGGCAACUGCAGAUGGAGAGAGAUGCCAAGAUCCGACUGAGACUAGAAGCCGCCGAGUUAUCUUCUAGAAAUUUGGACUUUGAGGAGCAACUUGACCAGAAGGAAAGAGUCAUUAAACAAUUAGAGAAUCAAAUGAUAAGCCUUGAAACAGCACAAAAAGCCCAGAAAACAUCUUCACCUGUUCCCAAACACUAUCUUGGAAUGUUGGAGUACAACCCAGAGGAUGAACCUCGACUCAUUCAAAACCUUAUUUUAGACCUGAAGCCCAAAGGUGUGGCGGUCAACAUGAUUCCUGUUUUGCCAGCUUACAUUCUCUUCAUGUGCAUACGCCAUGCUGACUACAUGAACAACGAAGACAAACUCCGGUCUUUUAUGAAUGCGACUAUUAGUGCUGUCAAAAAGGUCACCAUGACUCACCAGAAUGACUUGGCCUUAUUGUCCUUCUGGCUGUCCAACAUGUACCAGUUGCUCAACUGUCUUAAGCAGUACAGCGGAGAAGUGGAGUUCAGCAAGCACAGUACCGCCCGUCAGGUGAACAACUGCUUGCAGAACUUUGAUUUGUCAGACCAUCAGCAAGUCGUCAGCGACUUGGCCAUCUGCAUCUACCACCAGUUCAUCGCCGCCAUGGAAAGAGCUCUCACCCCUGCGAUUGUGCCUGGUAUGUUGGAGCAUGAAAGCUUACAGGGCAUUUCCAGCAUGAAACUAAGGGGCUUCAUUAAACGUUCUCGCAAAAACAACGACGACACGGAGACUUACACCAUCUCCUUCAUCAUUCAGCGACUCUCUCACUUCUACAGCAACAUGACACAGCACGGCACCGAGCCGCAUCUCAUUAAACAGGUGGUCAAGCAACUGCUCUUCCACAUCGGGGCGACCACCCUCAACAACCUGCUACUGCGAAAAGACAUGUGUUCCUGCAGAAAAGGAAUGCAAAUCAGAUGCAACAUCAGCUACCUGGAAGAGUGGCUUCAGGAGAAAGACUUCCAGAGUUGUAAUUUUAUCGACACUCUGAAGCCGUUGAUCGAGGCCGCCUGGCUGCUGCAGGUCAGCAAGUCCACAGAUGACGAUGCUAAGGCCAUCACAGAGAAAUGCACUGAGCUCAACACAGUUCAGAUCGUCAAGAUUCUGAAUUCAUACACACCCGUCGACCUUUUUGAGAAGAGGGUGGCGUCAUCAUUUGUGCGCAAAGUUCAGUCACUUCGACAAGAUCACGACAGCGCUGCGCAGCUGAUGAUGGAUGCACAUUAUCGUUUCCCGGUUACGUUUCCUUUCUGCGCGUCCUCACAGGCUUUGGAGCUGCUGCAGGUUCCCAAUAGCCUUCACCUGGAAUUCCUAACCAUGAUCUGACCAAGGGCGGCCCGGUGGUCGAGUGUUUAGCGCGUCGACCUGACAGUGCAGAGGUUGUGGGGUUGAUCCUGGCUUCGGCCUUCCUGUGUGGAGUUUGCAUGUUCUCCCCGGGCCUGCGUGGGUUUUCUCCGGGUACUCCGGUUUCCUCCCACAUUCCAAAAACAUGCAUGGCAGGCUGAUUGAACACUCUAAAUUCCCCUGAGGUGUGAGCGUGAGCAUAGAUUAUUGAUUGUCUCUGUGUGCCCUGCGUUUGGCUGACAACUGGUUCAGGGUGUCCCCGCCUACUGCUGGAAGAUGGUGAGGAUACGCUCCAGCACCCCUGCGACCCUAGUGAGGAUAAAGCGAAUUGGAAAAUGGAUGGAUGGAUGGAUGGAUGGAUGGAUGGAUGGAUGGAUGGAUCUGACCCAGAGAGACUUUCAACUUUGUAUUCCUAGGCCGAACCUUUAAUCACAUGACUUCUGGAUAUUUGUCAUCUGUUUGUAUCGUAGGAAAUACAGUAUAUACUAAUCACAAAAAAAUUGAGAUACAAAUUUGGACUUUGGAUGCAAUUUAAGGAUGAACCUGAAAUAGCACUUGUACGGGUGAACCUAAUUUGACCUUCUCUCAAUGUUUUAAAUCCACCUGUUGAAAUGUUUCUGAAUUUUUGCACAACUUGCUGUUCUCAGACAAGGAGCUGAAUCACAAAAUUCACAGCAGGUGUUACAUUCAGUAAUUGACCGCUAAAGUUCGAAGAACGUCCACUUCUAUGCCGACAUCUGAGAAGCUUCCAGUCUCUCUGCAAGUAUUUUGAUGCAAGUGCAAUAUUUGUCUCUCAGUAAUAUGCAAUUUACUGGAUAUGAUUCUUAAUGGAUUUAUUAUAAAUCAAUUCUCUGCAUGUUACAAGACUUUGCAUAUAGAUGACAGCAUGAAAAAGAAGCACAUCAGCACAGUAAAUUGAGACCCAGUUGUCCUAUCAGAGUUGUAUCAAAAUGAUAAUUAUGAUUAGCAAACAAUGUCAACCCUAUAA